CACAUGGCCGCCAACCUCACAGCGCAGGUCAGAGAUAUUGCAAGUGUUAGUAAAGCUGUCGCAAAAGGUGAUCUGUCCAAGAAGAUUUCUGUUGAAGUCAAGGGAGAGAUGGGAGACUUGAAGCACACAAUCAACACCAUGGUAGAUCAACUGCAGGAGUUUGCCACAGAAGUAUCCCGCGUGAGUCUGGAAGUAGGUACAGAAGGAAAACUCGGUGGUCAGGCCCACGUUAAAGAUGUCAGCGGAACGUGGAAAGAACUCACGGACAAUGUCAACUUGAUGGCUUCGAAUCUCACAGGCCAUAUUCGAGAUAUCGCCACAGUCUGUAAAGCCGUCGCAUGCGGAGAUUUGACGAAGAAAGUUAGUGUCCCUGUCCAGGGAGAAAUACUUGAACUGAAGGAGACUAUGAAUACCAUGGUGGAUCAGCUUAGAACAUUUGCCGCAGAAGUCACACGUGUCGCACGUGAGGUCGGUACAGAAGGUCGUCUAGGAGGCCAAGCCGAGGUGACAGGUGUUGAUGGUACCUGGAAGGAGCUGACUGACAACGUCAACACCAUGGCUGCCAAUCUUACAGCACAAGUACGUGAUAUUGCUGACGUCAGUAAGGCUGUCGCUCGAGGUGAUCUGUCCAAGAAGAUUUCUGUCGAAGUCAAAGGAGAAAUGAUGGAUCUCAAGAACACGAUGAACAUCAUGGUGGAUCAGCUGCAACAGUUUGCCACUGAGGUUACUAGAGUCAGUCUCGAGGUCGGUACCGAGGGUAAACUCGGAGGACAGGCUAAGGUCGAAGGUGUUAGCGGCACUUGGAAGAACCUCACAGACAAUGUCAAUACCAUGGCUGCCAAUUUGACAACUCAAGUGCGAUCCAUCGCCAAUGUCACGACCGCUGUCGCAGCAGGUGAUUUGAGUAAGACCAUCGAUGUUGAAGCACAAGGAGAGAUCUCUGAGGUGAAGAAGACUGUCAACUCCAUGGUCGAACAACUGCGGACAUUUGCUGCCGAGGUAACUCGUGUGGCUCGUGAAGUCGGUACAGAAGGUCGUCUAGGAGGUCAGGCUGAAGUCAAAGGUGUUGAAGGUACCUGGAAGGAACUGACUGACAAUGUCAACACCAUGGCUGCUAAUUUGACCGCACAAGUACGUGAUAUUGCCGACGUCAGU